AUGAAUACUGUCUUCCUCAUUGCAAGAAUUGUGCUUAUCUGCACCCCCUCAGCAAUUGUUCAACCUGUACCUAUCCAAACUUGUGGUGGAUAUGAGUUGAUCAAACCUUUGAUCAAAGGAUCAGAAAAACAAGUGAUUGGGAAUGGAGACAAGGGUUCCUCUUUUAGACAACAUCGAGAACAUGAGGGGGAUGGAUGUUGUAUACAUUGUGAUGAUGAUCCCUGCCAUGGGGGUUGUGGGGUGCCCUGUUGCACCAUAGUAUAA